GUUAAACUUGUGGUGAGGGUUGGUUACUUCUGACUUGUUUUUCCAGCUCCACCGCCUUGGAUCAUGACCUAGCUGGGAUAUACCUGGCCUAUAUUCAAGGAAAAGAUGGAAAAUGGAAAUUUGCUCAAAUUCCGAAUAUACAAAAUACUCAAUGGUCCCGUCCAACAAGCCUUUGUGUACGUCUUCCACCAGACGUACACACAAGACACCGAUGUGUACACUUCUGCGGUGAAAUGUGGCAUAACUGGGUAUUUCACGGAGACGGAGUUGGCGGCACUGCAGCGUGAGAAGCGGCCUACUCGCCACAGCCUGCCGCUCUUGUUCAAGAUCCUCAAGACGUGUUGCAACCCUGCGCUCGCCGUCCCCACAAGCACUGUGUGGAACAAUUCGCACGACAGGCACGAGGACCCAUCAAGCAAGGGUGCUGUGGAGAAUCUCCUGUUGACAUUCAUGAAGACGUACGAAAAUGUCUGCACUGUCAGUACGCCAUUUUCGCAAGACCAAUUUGAUGGCACGAUAUCGGAUAUCACAACGUGGCUGGAAUGGUUGAUUGAAGGAGCGGGGAAGUUUGACGUCACAGGCCGGUGGAGGGAGUGUCUAGAGAGAGUCAUGGUCCUUAUCCACGACAUCCUUCUCGGAGAACACAAAGAAAGCUCCUCAGCGGAAAUUGCUGAGGACGUGAGGGUGGAGCUACAUAUGCGUCAUCGGCAGUACAGGAAGCCGGAGCUGGAUCCCAUGUGUCUGUGGGUCACCGAAGCCAUGGACAUACCCAAGAGAAGGUCCCGAAAAACACCCGUUUUGGGUCCUGGCAAGAGCGUAGGUAUCCAAGAUUUGCUGGUUAAGCUCAUUGGCAAGGAGGCAAAGCCCGCCACUGGCGUUUGUUUCAUCAGGGCGGAGCCGGGGUGCGGUCGAACAAGUCUGGCGGCGCUCUUGGCAUCGUCCUGGACACAGAUGGAUGAGAGGAUCUGCCGGAUUGGUGAAUAUGAGGCCGUCAUUGUUGUAUCAGGAGCGGCAGUUAGUAUGUCACAGGAAGAUCUUGUUUGUGUGGUUCUGCCACUAUGUGCUCUGACUCACGGAGCAGACAAGGUUCGGUUAUGGUUGAGUGAUGCGCGCGUCGUGCUGGUUGUUGACGAUGCGGAGGAAUUGAGCGAUGAGCGGACACAGGAGAUCAAAGAUUUAAUUAUGCACUGUAGGUUCCUCACCGCCAUAAUUUUAUCCGUUCCCUCAUUUUACGAUCAACUGCGGCACAACUGGACGGACGUUCCCACGGUGAAUCUCCAUCUGAAUGGUUAUAAUCGAGAAGAAAUUGUUGCCCUGGCAGAAUGGCUCUUAUGCCAGAAGACGGCACGAGCAGACCCAAAGCGCUUCAAGAUGUUUCUCACGAAAAAUAUUUGCAGACUUGCACACGUGCUGAAAUACCCUGACACUCUUCUGCAGACGUGCCGAGCUUAUGCCGAGAAGCCGGAUAUUUAUGACGAAGUGACAACAGCUACCGACCUGCUCUGGACUCUCACUCUACGGAGAAUAAAUGAAGCACUUGCUGAUAGUCCACAGGUUGUUACAGAGAAGCAAGCAUUACAGUGGCUAACGACUGCUGGCGAAAAAGCACUGGAAGCUUUCAGGGAUGGCAGAAGACUUGAAGGGGAUUACAUGAAGCAUCUUGAAAGUGAAACCUUGGGAAACCUGUCUAGCGCCGUUUGUUGGAAUCUUAUGUCGGGUGUGUUCAAGCAGCGUUGCUUCCUUGGCACUGAGAGUCAAGGUUAUACUUCCCUGCACAAGGUCCAGGAAGAGUUUUUGGCAGCUUGGUACGCUGAUCACAAAAUCCUUGAAUAUAACAAAAUGGUGAGCCUCGUUGGAGAGUCAUAUUGUGCAUACCAGCUGGCGCUUUUCAUGGGUGGUCUUAUACUGAGACUCAGAAGGGACUCUGGAGGCGCAUUACAAGAGCUGGAUGAGAGGAGAUUGAUUAGUGCUGUCCUCAACCACACUGACGACAGCAGUGAAUACCUUAAUUUUAACAUGGAUCUUGUUGCAGAGGUGAAGGCUGUGCCCCGGCUAGUGGAAUACAUUGUGGACAUGUCGGAGUACCCUGACGAGUGGAACGUAAGUGCAGCCGAUGCCCAGUUGAUACCCAUAGAAGCUCUCCUGAUGAAUGUCGCACCCACUAGAAUAUUCCUCAAUGUGGAAGAGCCAAAGGUGUAUUCAGAGCUGAACAGAGUGAUCGGUUUUUUGUGUCGUGUAGAUAUAUUUUUGUGGCUCGACAGCAUGUGUCAGUUUCAGUAUGGCGCCAGUCAUAAAAUGGACCGCAUCAUCAAGGCAUUUUUCGGAGACCAUGUAGUGACCAAAAUCGACUUGCUGGCAGGAUGCGUUUCUGUCAAAAUACUGAGAGAACUUGUGUCAGAGCCGGCGUUUGGACAUUUAGUGUACAUAAAGAUGCGUGUCUUGGACAAAAUAUCCCUGUCAACAUUACUUGUGAUCAACAAGUACUUGCCAAAAUUGUUGUGGCUGGAGGUCAAAAUUGAUUUUCUGAUCUUGGAGGAAGACAUUAAUAACUUGCCGUGCAGUACAGUUCCUCUUAUGGAUGUACAUUUGUGUAGGACUGGUGCCUCUUGCAUCCCCAAGCUGGCUAACCUCCUGGGCACCAUGCACACCUGCUAUGCCGGUAUCCAUCUACAAGAUACUUCGCUCACCCCAGAGGACCUCUUCGUCUUGCUGAAGCAGUUGCAAAAACGAAGCAUCCGCCUCUACUCACAUCCGGAAUCGAGGGACAAGUUUAGGAGGUGGUAUUACCCUCAGCUGUCGUCGUGCAACCAGUCUGUCGAGCUGACGGAUGAGCUUGCUCAGGAGUUGCUAGGAUUUGAUGACCGGAUAUACUACAGCAAUCACUUUGUAGGGUCGUCCUGUUUCGCUGUCGCUAUCGACGCCUGGAACUUGAUGUCAUACCUGGAAGAACAGGAUGACAUCAUCCAGUUUACGUACCAGACAGAAAACCUCCGUUUCACUAAGCGACUUGAUGGAACCGUGAACAUUGAAGAGCGCAAAGAAAGCAAAAACUGAAAUAAUUAUAUAAAUUUUGAACUCAGAUUAAGUCCUGUAUAAACAAAAGGAUGGACUGAAGGCUUGAACCAUGGUCCCAAAGCUGUCAGGCCAACUACUUGACUGCCUCAGCUACAGGGCUUCUGAUAGGACAGAAGGAGUUCAGUUGGGUUGCAGUUGAUGCCUCUGGUGAAAUACAGUAAGUCCUUACUUACAAACACAUUGGGGUCUCCUGAAUUGUGUAUAACAUUCAUAAUACAGGAAGUCUUCACUUUACAAACAUGUUUGGGACCUGUAUUGUGUAAUUAUUAUACACAAUACGUACAUGAAUGUUAUACAUGUACACAAUUUAGGACCACCCCAAUAUGUUUGUUAAUAGUACAGUAAACACUAGUUACAAAUCCUCCCUAUCAGCAAGCCAGUAGCCGAGUGAUAGCACAACGGGCCUGAAGAUGUGGGGACUGCAGUUCGAGCCUCUCGCCCAUCCCUGUGUUUAUUCAUGCAGCAACAUCUACAAUUUAACACCUGGUCAAAGAAAUUUAAUUUGACAACUGUGGCAAUUUUAAGGACUGAAAUUGAAACCUUGAUUUAAUGGGUUGAUGGGGUGGGAGGUGACCAUUAUAGUCAAUUUAUGAGAUUGUUUCCCAUGAUUGUAACCAUAACAGACAAAUUUGGGUAUUUCGGACUCCGUGAAAUCCAAACUUCUCCGUAAAAAAAGGCCAGACAAUUCCAAUCAAGUGGAUUUUGCCCAAUUACUUGAAAAUGAAUUGACUUGGCAGAUCAUAAGACCAGCGGACAGUUCUGCAACUAACAGAUUCUGUCCGUCCUCCAAACGCUGUUUAGCCUUGGAUUUUGUUUUUGUUUUAUCCCCAAUUUGUUAAAUUUUGCGUUUGCUGGUAGUGUGUUUUAAUGGGGUCGUUCAGUGAUAAAUUGAGGGAAUUUUUAACCAAUGUAAAUAUUAGUAGUUGAUUAUUAAUAAAAAAUAUUAACUGGUGUAUUGUCCACCAUUAGUAGUGGAUAAUUUAUACUGUGCUCACCUAUUUGUGGUUACAGGGGUCGAGUCACAGCUUCUCUCCCUGCUUUUUUUUUUUGUGUGGCGUGUGUGUGCAUGUGCUCACCUGUAAAUACUUCCUUAAAUCUCGUGUGGAGUUCUUCACAUACUUCCUGUUUGCUCCGUGUGACCUCCCUUCCUUCCUCAGCCUGAUUACCUGGUCCCUGGCUGUUGUUUUCCUCCUGAUGUGGCUGUACAACAGCUCUGGGUCAGGGUCUGGUUGUUGCUGCUGUGUCAUUCUGGUAUUGUCACUGGGCCUCCCUACUUAUCCGUGUAUAUUUAUUUCUGACUCUUCGACUAAUCUUAUUUUCCUGUGUCCUCUGUCUUCUAUACUUCUUCCAUUCUCUAGUACACUUAGGUCUGGUUUCUCCACACCUUUGUGUGAACUAAGGGCUGGUUCUGGCUUCUCCACACCUUUGUGUGAACCAAGGACUGGUUCUGGCUUCUCCACACCUUUGUGUGAACCAAGGACUGGUUCUGGCUUCUCCACACCUUUGUGUGAACCAAGGACUGGUUCUGGCUUCUCCACACCUUUAU